UUUGAGACCUUCUGACAAGCAAAGUCAAUGGGAAAGCCAGAUUCACUUAACCAGGUUAUUAACUUAUCAACUGUAGUGAUUCACGUAACAAAUGAGGCAAGGAAGGUUAUGCAAUAGGGCAAAAUUCAUUUAGCAAAUAAACAGAAAUUUUGGGCUCAGUUGUGGUCAUACGUUGAGGACUAUCUGUAUUUGAAUUAAUUAUAUGAAGUGGACAGUCUUUCAAUUCAGAUUUUCAUCUAAUCAGCUUAAUUUUAAAAUUCUUAUCUCAGAAUUGUGUUUUUCUUUUCUUUUCUAGUGGGUCUGUGCAAGUGUAUACAAUAGAUCAUUCCACAGGGGCCAUGCAAUUGUCUCACAAACUGGAACUAACACCCAAGCAAUAUCCCGAUAUUUGGAACAAAACAGGAGCUGUUAAACUCAUCAGAUGGUCUCCUGAUAAUUGUGUUGUUAUGGUGACCUGGGAAUGUGGAGGCCUGUCUUUAUGGAGUGUAUUUGGAGCCCAUCUUAUUUGUACUCUAGGAGGUGACUUUAUUCAUCGAACUGAUGGUACUAAAAAGGACCCUUUAAAGAUCAGCUCUAUGAGCUGGGGAUCAGAAGGCUAUCAUUUAUGGGUAAUCGAUGCAAAUAAUUUUGGGAAUUCAGUGACUGAGAGCAAAAACAAAGGACAGCAUUUUGGUAUUUUGCAAUUUCAGUUCAUCAAAAGUGCACUCGCAGUUAAUCCUUGCAUAGUAAGUAUUCAUGUUUGAUGAUUUGUAGUCCUAGGUCAAUUUUAUUACCUUUUUGGUCAAAACGUUGCCUAAUUUGGAUUAUCUUA